UUCACCAGGGUCCAGGCCUAUAUGGCAAAGGUCGUUGCAGGCAUUGAUUGAACUCUUAAAGCCCCCGACGAUCGGAGUUCCCGUCGGCAAGGCAACGGCGACGGAGUUCUUAACUGCCCAUCGGCGCGGAGGAUUAUAUUUCAUUUCUGCAUUCAAUGGGGAGGUCCUGUCCGCACGCAGUUGCACGUCAACUGCAUCUCCCUCCGUCUCUCUCUACAAGAAGCCGGCGGUAGCAGGGGCGAAAGAUCAAGGAGUGAGGGAUGGCGGCAGGAGCAGCAGCCGGCUGUAUGAUUGCAGGCCCUGCCAGUCGGAACAAUGGCGGUUGCUGUGACUGCAGCUCCACGGGGCUACUCGCUUAUGGAGCCGGCAGCAGCGUCGUCGUCGUUGAUACCCGCUCCAUGCAGCUUGUCUGCGUCAUCCCCAUGCCUCCUCCUUCCUCUUCCCCUCUCGCCCUCGCCCCCUUCGUCACCUCAGUCCGUUGGAUCCCCAACCCUCUCCACGGCGACCAUCUCUCCGACGACCCCUCCAAUGCCCCCCACCACCUGCGUCUCGCCGUCGGGGACCGCCAGGGCCGCAUCGGCAUCUUCGACGCCCGUUCCCGGCUUCCUCUAUUGUGGAUGGAGACCGAAUCCGCUUCCUCUUCCUCUUCUUCAUUUGCCGCUACUGCUUCUUCGGCGUCUUCGCCUUCUUCUUCUUCAAAACCGGGAAUUCAGGAUCUCUGCUUCGUCAGACCUGACUCUGACACGAAGGUCUUGGCAUCCCUCAACGGAUCCUCCGUUCUCUCCCUCUGGAACCCUUCUACCGGCCGGUGCUUCUGGAAGUACGACGCCUCCCCGGAGUUCUUCUCCUGCAUGCAUGUCGACCCUUUUGACUCUCGCCACCUCUGCGCUUUGGGUCUCAAGGGCUUCCUUCUCUCCAUCAAGGUCCUGGGCGAGAGGGAAGACGAUGUGAUCAUCAAGGAGCGCCAGAUCUCCGUCUCCGACUCCUCCGAGAUCCAGAAGAUAGAAAAGGAUGCUGCUGCUUCCAACACUCAGAUCUCUUCGAUUACUCCCGCCUUUGCCGCAUUUCCCCUCGUGUUCGUCAAGUUCUGCUUUUCCCCACAUUGGAAGCACAUUCUCUAUGCCGUUUUUCCGCGAGAGCUGCUCAUCUUCGAUAUGCAGUAUGAAACGGCUCUCUUCUCCACUGGAUUGCCGAGGGGGUGCAGCAAGUUUCUCGAUGUUAUGGCGGACGUGGACCAUAAUGAUCGUCUUUACUGUGCUCAUAUUGACGGCAAAAUCAGCGUUUGGAGAAGGAACGAAGGAGAGCAGGUUCACUUAAUGUGUUUCAUGGAAGAAUUAAUGCCUUCACUUGGAAAUACUGUACCUUCGCCAAAUAUUCUUGCUGUCACACUCUAUCCUGCAGAAUCUGUUCUUGAAAAUGUUGGAGAAUUAUGCUCGGAUCUGUUACUUAAGUCACCUUUGCAUGCUGUCGAAGAUGGUGCAAAAAGUCUUGACAGGGAAUUGCUUCUUGCAUCUGACACAUUUUUGAUCUCCAUAUCUGAUGAUGGGAAGAUCUGGAAAUGGCUUCUGACUGCUGAAGGUGUCAACAGAAAUUCAUCGAAUAUGAAGGCUGUUUUUGAUAUUACUCGUAACGUAGACUCAACUGUAAAUACUGAACAACUGGACGCUUCUGGUUUUGGACACAUAUGCGACAGUGUGAAAGAGUCAGAAACAGGAAGUUGCGAUCAUAUUGCUUCAUCAGCUUUUACUGCUGUCAAACAUGAACUUGUGUUCAAGGUAUGCUUAGUUGGGCACCUUCAUCUUCUAUCUUCAACCCUGACUGUCCUAGCUGCUCCUUGCCCUUCUUUAACUGCCACUCUAGCUCGUGGUGGGAACAGUCCAGCAGCAUGUGUUCCAUUGGUUGCUUUGGGGACCCAAGGUGGAAUGAUCGAUGUUGUUGAUGUAGCUGCCAAUGCAGUUGCAACAAGCCUGUCUGUUCAUGGCACUGCUAUUAAAGGAUUGAGAUGGCUUGGGAAUUCCAGGCUUGUGUCAUUUUCUUACUCACAGGUUAAUGACAAAGGUGGUGGCUAUAUCAACAGGCUUGUUGUCUCUUGUUUGAGGAGUGGUCUUCAUCGUCCAUUUAGGGUCCUGCAGAAGCCUGAACGUGCACCUGUCAGAGCUUUGAGAGCUUCUUCCUCUGGAAGGUACCUUCUUCUUUUGUUCCGAGAUGCUCCUGUUGAGGUAUGGGCAAUGACAAAGAAUCCCAUGAUGCUUAGAUCAUUGGCUCUUCCAUUCACUAUAAUGGAAUGGACACUUCCUACAGCACCUAGGCCUUCUCAAAAAGGGCCUUCUGGACAAAGUUCGCAGUUAUCUAAAGAGCAGACAACUAUUGCAUCGUCUGUUUCUUCUGCCAAUACAAAUGUAUCUUCAACUGAUUCUAAGGAAGGAGGUUCAGAUACAUCUAAUGAUGAAACAUCUGAAAGUUUUGCAUUUGCAUUAGUGAAUGGUGCUGUCGGCGUCUUUGAAGUUCAAGGUCGAAGAAUUCGUGAUUUCAGACCAAAGUGGCCCUCCUCUUCAUUUGUUUCAUCAGAUGGGCUGGUGACUGCUAUGGCUUACCGGCUUCCACAUGUAGUUAUGGGAGACAGGUCAGGGAGCAUACGUUGGUGGGAUGUAACUACUGGGCUUUCUUCAUCAUUCAACACUCAUAGGGAUGGCAUUAGAAGAAUCAAGUUUUCACCGGUUGUUAGCGGAGAUCAUAGCCGAGGCCGUAUCGCUGUCCUGUUCCAUGACAAUACCUUUUCCAUCUUUGAUCUUGAUACUCAAGAUCCGCUAGCCAAUGCGCUUCUUCAACCACAAUUUCUUGGUACACUUGUUCUGGAACUUGAUUGGUUGUUGCUACGAACAGAUAGCGAAGAAUCAUUGGCUCUAUGUAUAGCUGGAGCUGACAGCAGCUUUCGCCUUAUUGAAGUUUGCAUUCAUGAUGGAAAAUUUAACUUGGGAUACAAUCUGAAACCUACUAAAGAGAGAUUCAGGCCAAUGCCGUUAUGCUCUCCAGUGUUGCUUCCUACACCCCAUGCAUUGGCACUGAAAAUGAUCUUGCAGUUGGGUGUAAAGCCUUCUUGGUUUGAGGCAGGAACUACUAUCAGCAAGUCUCUAACAAAAGUUCCUGAGAUUGCUUCAACCUCUGAAAGUGACCUUCGCAGGUUCAUGAUUGAAUCUGCUAAUGCUCAAAUUGGUGAUUCAGCUGUCCCAGAAAUGCUUCUUAAAGUUUUGGAACCAUAUCGCAAAGAAGGUUGUCUACUUGACAAUGAGAGGGUGAGGCUUUAUGCUAAGUUAGUAGAUAAAGGAUAUGCAGUAAGAUUCGCAUUUGCUGCAUUGCUUUUUGGAGACCCUUCUGAAGCACUUUUCUGGUUGCAAUUGCCACAUUUUCUUUACCUUCUGACAAAGAAAUCACUUGAUAAGUUGCCUCACAUGACUGCAUUAUCAUCAUCAUCAUCAUCUGUUUUAGACCAUAGAGAAACAACCACCACUAAUCUGGAAGCACACUCAGAAAAUCCAUUGUCACAGAACUUGAUGAAACUCAAAACGGGUUCUGCUAGAUUUGGAACGAUGGCUUUUGAGCAAGGAGAUAUACAUGCACGUGCUAAUGAGAGGAUUCCUUGGCAUGAAAAAUUUGAUGGGGAGGAUGCAAUUCAAAAACGUGUUCAUGAGCUUGUCUCAGUUGGAAAUUUAGAAGCUGCUGUGACACUGCUACUUUCUACUCCACCUGAGGGAUCAUAUUUUUAUGUCAACGCUUUACGUGCAGUGGCACUUUCCUCUGCUGUUUCAAUGUCGUUACAUGAGCUUGCAGUCAAGGUGGUUGCUGCAAAUAUGGUUAGGACAGAGAAAUCACUAUAUGGGACUCAUCUUCUCUGUGCUGUUGGAAGAUAUCAAGAAGCUUGUUCACAGUUGCAGGAUGCUGGGUACUGGACUGAUGCUGCAACGUUAGCAGCAACACAUUUACAGGGGUCUGAUUACGCAAGGGUAUUACAAAGAUGGGCUGAUCAUACAUUGCAUAAUGAACACAAUAUGUGGAGGGCUUUAAUGUUAUAUGUUGCAUCGGGUGCAAUGUAUGAGGCAUUGUCUGCUCUUCGUGCUUCACAGCUACCUGAUGCACCUGCAAUGUUCCUGUUAGCUUGCCACGAGAUCAAUUCAAAACUUGAUUCUCCAUCUGGAAAUUCUGGAGUACAUUCAAAAACGAAUGGUGGUAAUGAACGAAAACCCAAGUUGCUGCUUCCUAUCAUAAGUCAGGACCAUGAAGAUGUUGCUGCUGUAGGUGAAUAUUAUGGGCAUUACCAACGGAAAAUAAUUCAUCUAUGCAUGGACACAGCAUAUUAUCUUGACUGAGUAAUAGGGAAUCUUGAGAAUGCAUGUGUCGAUCUGUUUCUGUGAGAAAUGGAUCUAAGAUGGUCUGCCUGCAAGUUAUUAUGAACUGCUGUAUAUCAAGCCUGGUCAAAAUCUGGACCUUUUUGCAUAUGUUGAGGGUGGUGAUAAGACGUGGAGAAAGCAGCAACAUGCCAGGACAUUGCUUCGAAUAAUACAGUGAUGUUGUGGUUCUCUUUCUUGUAAGAUCAGGCUGCAAGAGUUUCUUGUUUAAGGACAUUUUGAAGAUGCGAGUGCCUCCAUGAAGGUCGAUUCCAGACUAUCUAUUUGGAAGUCGGAAGGCGGCCUUUGCAGCGGCGUAGGACCUCCCUUGCGUGCAUGAUGAGGAUCUCUGUUCUUUAGCUAGAACGAAGACAUUAUUUUUUGUUCACAAGUAGGCUGGAUGCCGGUCAAUCUUGGCGGAUGUUGGUUUGCUGCACCUUGUGAUCAAAUUACUGUGUAUUCAGUUUAACGGCAUUUUUUUGUAAAAACUGUUGUGAUAUAUGCAGAAAAGUAGUCGAAUGUACGACCUGGCUUGGUUCCAGAAUAAAAAGAUGUGUACGGUACGUGCCUAUAUGAACCAUGACAAUUUGAACUGCAUUAGUGUGAGAUCCUUUUCAUGGUUA